AUGGGGAGUCCAGGAUACACAAUCGCUCUUCCAGCCCAAGCACCGAACCUCAAGGAACCGAAUGUCAAAAUAACAGAACUCCCUCCUACACCGCCUUCACCCAACAAAUCCAUCCCACUCCGCAGCAUCACUCUUCGGGAUCCAGCUCUCAUAACCACCGAAUUCGACGCCCACCGCUUCCAAGCCGCAGCCUACACUCAGCUCAUCAGCGCCGCCGUCCCAAAAUUUCCAACCCAAGCUCCUACACCAACAACACCACCCAACUCAACCCCCUCGGACUCCCUCAUAACAUCCCCCUACAACAAACCAGGCCACUAUCUCUCCCUCUCCACCCCUCCUCUCCCCCUUCCCUCCCUCCUCCUCGCCGUAGCCCUAACAUCCCUUCAGCCCACUCUCCCCACCUACGCCACAGCCCACUACACCUCCGCGCUAAACCUCGACGUCGUACUCGACGUUCUAUGCGCACUUGUUAAAAGGGAGGGUUUAAAGUGGCCCGAAACACGGUUCUACGUCGUUGUCUUCAGGAGCAAACUCAAAGACAACAUUGACAAUGAUUAUUUGUACAAGUUGGAUGAGGAGAGUCAUGCGGAGGCGUGUGCGUCGGGGGGAUUGCUGAAGUAUUGGUUUGGGAAGAGUGAUUUGGAGAGGAGGAAUUUGGCGACUUGUUUCUGGCAUAGCAGGGAAGAUGCGUAUCGGGGUGGAUUGGGACCGUGGCAUAAGAAGGCGCGGGCGGCGGGGAGGGAGCUGUAUGAGCAUAUUACAUUUACUACGCAUUGGUUUACUGUGCUUGAGGGGGUCGAGGGGUAUACAUUUGAGGACCACCGUCAAUGA